ACCUUCUCGGGGCCACUCUGGUACAGAAUCGCGAAGGAGGGCGCGUUACAGAAUGACAUACAGGUUUUCUUGAUGCACACAACGCCAGAGACAAUUAGAAAAAAAGAACGAGAGGGACUUUUCGACGAACGACUAGUCCGUCUUCACGCUUUGUGUCCAAGAAGGAUUCAAUCUGUCCACCUGAAGAGGCAUGUCGCUUAUUGAAGAAUACGAGGAAGGGGAGUAUGGGAGGGCGCCGAAGCGACUGAAGACCACUGAGGUGGAGGAGGGCGAGGAGCUGGAGGAGGGAGAGGAUUCGGACUCGGAGUCUGCAGGGCUGCUCGGAGAUGUGGAGAAUGUAGGAGCCGAGAAAAGGCCACGGUGGACCGGAACGAAAUACGGACCUGAAAGACUGGACAGUGGGGAUGACUCCCACAGAAUUGCCCAGUCCCCAGUGGUCCAUGUCAGGGGGCUGUGUGAGGCCGUGGUGGAGGCUGACCUGGUGGAGGCCCUGGAAAAGUUUGGCCCUAUAUGCUAUGUGAUGAUGAUGCCCUUUAAGCGGCAGGCGCUGGUGGAGUUUGAGAUGGUGGAGAGUGCUGAUAAGUGUGUGGCGUGUGGGAGUAGCGAGGCCGUCUACAUCGCAGGCCAGCAGGCCUUCUUCAACUACUCCACUAGCAAGAGGAUUACCCGGCCCACCAACUCAGACAACCCCAACAGUGGCAACAAAGUCCUGCUCCUGUCUAUCCAGAAUCCCCUCUACCCCAUCACCACGGAUGUUCUCUACACAGUGUGCAACCCCAUAGGCAGUGUGAUGCGCAUCGUCAUCUUCAAACGUAACGGCAUCCAGGCCAUGGUGGAAUUUGAGUCCAUCGAGUGCGCUCAGAAAGCUAAGGCUGCUCUCAAUGGAGCCGACAUCUAUGCCGGCUGCUGCACCUUAAAAAUUGAAUAUGCAAGGCCAACUCGCUUGAACGUGAUCAGAAAUGACAACGAGAGCUGGGACUACACAAAGCCUUACCUGGUCCGAAGAGAUGUUUCAGAGCGUGGGAAGGGCAGGCAGAGACAGGCCAUACUAGGGGAGCACCCGUCCUCUUACGGAGACAACGGAUACGGGUCACACUGCCCCCUGUUGCCUCUCCCAGGGAACAGCAGGUACAAGCUGAGCUCCCACGACAUCCCAGAAGUGGUGGCCUACCCCCUGCCCCAGAGUUCCUCCUACAACCACGGCUCCAGCUCUGUCGCCAUGGUGAGCGGUCUGCACCCCGCCAAGAUGAACUGCACCCGCAUCUUCAACCUCUUCUGUCUCUAUGGCAACAUUGAAAAGGUGAAGUUCAUGAAGAGUGUCCCAGGCACUGCCCUAGUAGAGAUGGGGGAUGAGUAUGCAGUGGACAGGGCCAUCACUCACCUCAACAGCAUCAAGGUGUUUGGCAAGAGGCUCAACGUCUGUGUGUCCAAGCAGCAUGCGGUCAUCCCCAGCCAGGUGUUUGAGCUGGAGGACGGCAGCAGCAGCUAUAAGGACUUUGCCAUGACCAGGAACAACCGCUUCACCAGCCAAGGCCAGGCCUCCAAGAACAUCAUCCAGCCACCCUCCUGUGUGUUGCACUACUACAACGUCCCCCCCUGCAUCUCAGAGGACCAGCUACUGAGGUUAUGCUCAGAGCAUGAUGUGCCAGGUUUCACCAAGUUCAAGAUGUUUGAUGCAAAGCCCUCCUCCAAAACCAUUUCUGGCUUGUUAGAGUUUGAUUCCAAGACACACGCUGUCGAGGUCUUGACCGUCCUAAACCACUACCAGAUCAGAAUACCAAAUGGCUCUAACCCCUACACCCUGAAGCUGUGCUUCUCCACAUCCUCUCACCUCUAAAGACCACAGGACCAGUGCACCAGCAGGAGAGGGAGAGAUGGAGAUGGAGAUGGAGAGAAGGCGAGAGAAAGAGAAGCGAUGGGACUGGGAGGGACAGACUACUAAGCUGACAAGACUGAUAAAGAGGGCCCUCAUCCAGACUGACUGGCUCCUCUUGAAGUGGAGAAGACUACUGAAACACAGACGUGUGAAACACUGGAGAUUGCUGAAGAGGUUUUUUUUAUCUUGCACCUCUUAUUUUGGAGUAUUUUUUGUUCUCUUCGUUUUUUGUUUUCUCUGUAUAGAGAGAGCCAAUCAGAACUAAGAUCUGAGAGAUGACACCCUGUCUCUUCCCAGCAUCCAUUGGGGCUGAGCAUGGUACCUUAACAGGUGACCCCUGAAAAGACUUGUUGUGGACAGAAUGAGAUGACUUGUUCAUUUUUGCAUUGUGUUUGAAGACUGGAUUGAGGACAUCUAUUAUGCCGAUGCUGGUGAAGAUUAUCCAAGAUGGUCACCAUAUUUAUGGGUUGACAGCGCUGCUUUUAUGCUCAGCACAUUCAGUUGAGCAGCAAAAACUCAGUCGGUACUUCAGUGAAACAAUGUGUCAAUAUGAAUUUUAAAUCACACUGUAAUAUGUAAAGGUGUAUAGAACUGAAAUGGAAGUUCUGUUAUGGAGGGGUGGGACGGGGGAAGGGGUAAUAUCUAUCUUAUUUGAAGACAUUGUGUCAGCAGGUGUUUUGCUUUGGAGUGGACUGUUUAAUGACACGUUUGUAUGAUGUUUACACAUGAAGAGCCCAUGGUCUGUGUAGUAUGUCAGUGUUUUGGGGCACUCUGUUUGAGUGUUAGUACUGUGUUAGUAUCAUGGCUCGCCUGCACUGGUUCAGUGUCAGUAGUUUUGCACAUUCAGAUUGUUUUAGUGUUUAGUGGCACGCCGAUAUGUCUUAUGUUCACAAAUGGCUGUAUCCAGAAUCAUUGUACAUCAUCCCUAGCUCUUUUCCUGAUCAAUUAGCAAAUAUAGCAACAAUGUUAUAGAGAUAUGUUUUAUUUUUAAUCCCUCAAAUACCUAAGGUUAUUUGGGAACAGCCCUGCCAAAGAGGGUAACAAAUAAUAUGAUCGUACAAAUGCUUUGUACAAGAAUUGUGGAAUUCCAUUUUACUUGCAAAAUAAGGAAAUGACACGUUAACACCAUAUUCCAUGGGUCUACUCUGUAUAUUGUACUGUAUAAUGUGAGCAAAUACAUAGGUGUUAUUCAAACCUUUCUGCAAGUAGCAGAUUGUAGUAUUUGCCACUACAGUGAAGGGUUAUCCAGGCAUCAGGAUCCGGGGUUGGGUGGAUCUGGAUGCAUGCUGUGAGCGUGACACUCAUUAAACAUUCAGCAGUCUUCAGAUCCUCUUACAUCUUUAUGAUUCCAGAAUUGUUCCACAUCGUGAGUUACAUUUCAAAAGGCCUGAGUUACCAUAAACAGCAGUCUUGUGCUUCAUUUAAUGGUAUCAUCAAACGUAAGGAGGGUCUUAAAUUCUCACUACACGCAUGUUCAGAUAGGUAGUAGCCAUGAUGUCCAUGUCUGACUGGUCAUUAAAUGGCGUUGUGUCUGUGUCUUUGUGGUGGAUUUUGUGUUUGAGUUUGGUAAUCUGUGCCAGUGAUAGUCAUUGGAGUGACACCAGAAUAAAAUCUUCAUAAACACUACUGAUUGUGUAGUCUCCAGCCCUAUGAGCUUAGAGAACACACUCCCACCAAUCCUCUUAAACAAACUUCAGAGGAUCCCUCUGCCCACAAAUGUAUCUCUGAGAGCAUAACUUGUAAAAAUAGAAUACUGCAGCCUUUUGGCUUUCAAGAGCCACAUUGUCAAAAAAGGAAAACGGGUUCACACAGCGAAAGCUUUACUUUUCAUGACUUGAGAAAACAUAGAUGUACAUUUAGAUGUGGAGAGAGCUGGUUGGGAGGAUGGGACAAAAGAAGAGGUAAUGGAAGGAUGGAAACGGAGGCAUACACACACAGUAACAUUAUUCGAACUAAUUAUUUUUCCUUUCAGAUGAGAUACUGUACACAGCUAGUGACAUGUACUGAAAUAACAAACACGUCUUGCUCUCUUAACUGAAAAACCAAGAAAAAUAUAAACUUAUACAAACCCAAGUGGGCACACAACUCACAAACACCUCUCUCCACCCCCACACAAUCUCUCUCUUUCACACUCCAGCCUGGUCUCUACCCACAACUUUGGAGAAUGUUCCCUUCAGUCUCAUUAGGUCAUUAACUAACACUUUCACAGAAAUGUUCCCGUGAUAUGCAAGGAGAGUUUCAAAUAGACCAUUCCCUUAAUGUCAAAUAGAAUUUUCUCAGAACAUAGUUACCAUGUUCACAGAACAUAAGAUAUUAAUGUUCUAGACAUGUUUGAUGGGAACGUUGCAAGACCAUUCAUGUGUCCAGUUUUCUGAGGGUUAGGAGAAUAUUCCAUCAACAUCCCACCAAACAUACACAGAACAUGGUUGCCAUGUUGUCAGAACAUAAGAUAUUAAUGUUCUAGACAUGUUUGAUGGGAACGUUGCAAGAACAUUUGUGUUUCCAGUUUUCUGUGGGUUAGAAGAACAUUCCAUCAACAUCCCACCAAACAUACACGUAACAGGGUUGCCAUGUUCUCAGAAUAAAAAAUAUGAAUGUUCUAGACACGUUUCACGGGAACGUUGCAAGAGCAUGUAUGUGUCCCAAGAAAAUGUCUUUACACAUCACUGUUGCCAAGCCAAUCAAUGCCCUGAUUGAUGAACCACUGAUCCGUUCAUAGCUCUUUGUCUGUUGGCGAGGGAUAGUUUUUAACAUACAGUCUUUUAAACUUGCGCAUUUGACACACAAUUGCAUUGUGCAUGUUCAUUUAUACAGUAAUUAUUCUUCAACAUGUCCUCACCUAUGAUUUAAAGUCACAACCUCUUGGUUCAUGGUAUUCUGAUCCUUCUACUACGCCACCAUGUCCAUGUCAGAUAUCAGUUAGUCUGGCUAUUCUCUCAUCAUUGAUUUUAUUAACUUAUUUCAACAAUUUAAGGGCUUUCCGUAUAGUUGUCUAAUUUUGGUGGGGCAUAUCAACCUGUUUUAAUGAUACUCCUGAAUCACUAUGAUCAAUAAACUAUUUUCUUGAGUGUACUUUUAA